ACUUUGGGAAAAAAAAAGGAGAAGGACACUCCUAAACAACCUGCUCUCAAACCAUAAACAUACCACCAUACUAAUGCCAUCACCAUUUACCAACUUUACCACUACAACCAAAACCAACCCAAUACAACAUCUCCUCUCUCUCUCUCUCCAACACAAACAAAACAUACACAUAACUAACCGCAACACAUUACAUAUUUACAUUACAUGCUACCAUUAUUCUCUGUUAACUCAGUAAUGGCUUCUACUUCUGAUUCCGUUCCUUCUUUCACCGCUGUCGGAUACACACGCACUGACGCUACUUCUCCACCAAACAACCACCACCUAUCCUCGCUAUCACACGUCACUCUCAUUACCGUAACGGUCCUCGCCGUCGCCGUUACGGUUUCCUUAGCCUUGUACUUCCUUCUCCGCUACCGUAACAGUAACCGUUUUCGUUUCCUCCGUCGAGUCUCUCCGUCGACAUCCGCCGCAGCGUUCUCCUCCUCCGGCAAUCGGAUAUUGCCGGAAACCACUUCUUCGUCUUCCGUUUUCGACUUGCUCCCGACGUUCACCUUCUCCUCCAUCACGCGCCGCGCCGACGCCGCUGGCGGCGGCGACUGCGCCGUUUGUUUGUCGAAGUUCGAGCAGAACGACCUUCUCCGCUUGCUACCUCUCUGCUGCCACGCAUUUCACGCGGAAUGCAUCGACACGUGGCUUCGGUCGAAGCUCACGUGUCCGCUCUGCCGAUCCGCUGUCGCCGCGUCUGAAUCCGACCUCGCGAUGGUUUUCCGGUCGUCGUCCGUCGCUGGCAGCGACAGCUUCCGGCUGGAGAUAGGGAACAUUAGUAGCCGCCGCGAAGGAGAUAUCACCGCCGUUGCCGGAGAAACGCGCGGAAGGUCAUAUUCCGUUGGCGCGUUCGAGUAUCUCAUUGACGAGGAAGCUGAGGUUGAGGUCGAGGUUGCGUUCGGUUUAGCUGACCGGAGAAUCGUUUCCGGCGAGAAAAACGACGGUGCUCCGAUAGUGGCUCCGGCGGAUUCUCUAGCUGGUGAGGUAGGGCGUGGUGGUGGAAGUAGAAAUGGUAAUGGCUGGUUGAAGGAUUACGUUGAUCGUCUUUCGAAUACGGUGUCGUUUCGGAGUUCUGGAAGCUUCUUCACUGGGAGCAGUCGCCGAAGCGACGUCGUUUUGGGAGGAGAUUACGAUGUAGAAGCGAACCGUUUCGGGGACGAAAUCGGGGAAAUGUUCCGAUGGCUCUCAGGGGUUUGAAGUGUAAAUAAACGGAAUAGUUAGUUCAAAUUUAGAAUUUUGAAAUUUUUUAACAGUUACAUGAUUACAUGAGUAGCAUUUUACGAAUCAGAUUAUGAAGGUAAUAAACCGAUGAAAUUGCAAUUUGUUGUUUUUUUUUCUCUGUUAUGUUUUGGUUCUUAUAUUUGAGAUCCUAGAGAUUUUAAAGCAUUGCAGGAUGGUGCAGUUGUUGAUUUAAUUCAACGGUUGAUGCUUGUUUCAUUGUUUGUAUAGUUUUUACUUUGGUGCAAAAAUAGGACCCUCAUAUGACUAUUGUAUCAUGCAGUCAGUCUGUUUAAUGUUGCAGAGAA